GGGAGAAGCAAACAUUUCUAAAAAAAACAACAGAUUUUGCUUUGUCAUUAUAGGAUAUUGUGUGCAGAUAGAUGAGGCGGAAAAACUAGUUAAUUUUAGAAUACAGCUGUAACCUAACAAAAUGUGGAAAAAGUCAAGAGGUCUGAAUAUUUGGUGGACAGUUUUUUUUUUUUUCAAUCUCUUUCUCAUCUGCAGUUUGUGACGGUCUCACCGUCAGUAUUAUUUCUUUCUCACAGCAACAGAUUAGUGCAGGUAUUGGUUGAGAGGCUCUACUCCUUACUUGUCAUUCUCAGACACACCUUCCUCCUUACCAUCUGAAGAGAGCAGUGUCCCCACUGCCCGGGUCUUCUUACUGCUGGAUUUGUAAGUCAUCUCUACUCACUUGAUUCAACUCCAAAUGUCAUAUCAUUUUACCAGACACUCUUAUCCAGAGCAAAUUACAGUAGUGAGUGCAUACAUUUUCAUACUGAUCCCUACACGGAAUUCUACAUGGGAAUGAAACCCACAACCCUGGCGUUGCAAACGCCGUGCUCUACCGACUGAUCUACAAGGGCUGUGUUUUGAACUACCCUACCAGACUACACAGAAUUCUACAUGGGAAUGAAACCCACAACCCUGGCGUUGCAAACGCCGUGCUCUACCGACUGAUCUACAAGGGCUGUGUUUUGAACUACCCUACCAGACUCCUCGAGAUUUGAUAUUUGGUUCUGAUCGAGAACACAUGAAGCAGUGCAGAGUCAUCCUAGUCACAGAUCUUUGGGGUAUGUUCAGGCACAAUCCCAGAAAGUACUAGUCUGAUAUGUAAAUUGACUUUAUUUUUGUAUGAAUUGGUUGGAAUAUUAAUAACUUUGCCUCAUGUGAAAUACAAAGUUAUUUUCAGUGUACAAGUUUUGCAGUAUAGUGCCGUAGCAUAUUUUGUUUGGUCAUAUCAACAUUUACUACAGAAACAUACAAACCUCAAUGCGUUCUUCCUUGCACCUCUUGAUUGCAAGCCACGUCAUUUUAUAGCUUUUUAAAUGAAGGUGGGAAUUUGUAGGCAAGCCACUUCAUGUAUAUAAUCACUUAGUUGCUAAUACUAUGUAUUGGUUAUUGAGAGGCUUUGACAACCACCGUUCGGCCAUAUUGGCACUACCCAGUAGGAGCAGUCCUCUAUAGGAAUGAAUGGGGUUCUACAGUAUUUCAAUGAAAUGUUUCAUAGACAAAAUUACAUGGAUUUAAGUGUUUUGUUGUAAUGGAGAAAGUAACCGUAGUAAUCUAAAAAAUUAUACUUUAAGGAUAAAAAAAUAAAUAAUGUUUAGCUCACAAUGUAAUUUAAAAGUAUGCAUUAAGAUGUUUGUAAUAUAAUAAAUGUGGCAAAAACGAAUGUAGACAUCAAUAAAAGCGUUUCUAUAGCUUCCAAAAUAUGUUUUACAAUGGUGGGGCUGCCAAGAUGUAGUCAGUGGCUUCAACACAGUGCCCCCUAUUAGUCAUCCAGUGUAUAUAUAAAUGAUUUUGUCACUUCCCACAACCAAUCGGUAGCUCGAGUUUGACACGUGUGUCUGCGGAAUUCCCCCAACACUCCGGGGCUUUCCAGCUGACUGAUAGACUGUAUGCGAUCAGGCGAUCAUAACAGUCUAACUAACCAGAUAGAUUGGAUACAAUCAACGGUUGACUCGAUGGAGAAAUACAUGGAACAGAAAUGCAUGGAGCAAAUCCCGGAUUUCAGCUGACACUGAAGUGAACACCACUGUGUGCUUUUGAGGGUACGCCGUGACAUUCUACAAUCGGGUUGAUCGACUACAACAGCAGCUGUUGUGCUGUCUUGUUCAUUGCGUAGAGGUGGAUCAAGUUCAAGGAGUUCAAAGGGAGGUGACAGUGAGCCUGAAAUAUCAUCAUCUAUGAUCCACUGACAGGCAUCAUGUCUGGAGCACUGAGAAUGGAUGAAGCUCAGUACAGCAUGAAAAUGAUUGAAAAUGAGCUGAUGAUGAAUUUGUCCUAUGAGUUCAUGCCCCCUGUGGAUGUCAAGAUCGAGCCCUAUGUACCGGAGACCGGUGGGUUUCUACUUUCUACCCUACGUACACAUGCUCAUGGACCCUACAUUCAGAUCAUUGAGGAGCCCAAACAGAGAGGCUUCAGAUUCCGCUAUGAGUGUGAGGGUCCGUCCCACGGUGGGCUCCCAGGGGCCUCAAGCGAGAGGAACAGGAGGACCUAUCCAACUGUCAAGGUGUCUAACUAUGUGGGGAUUGCCAGGGUGGAGGUGCAGCUAGUGACCCACUCAGACCCCCCCCAGGUCCACGCUCACAGUCUGGUGGGGAGGCAGUGCUGCACGGAGAGUGGCAUAUGCAGUAUGGAUGUGGGCCCAAACGACCUCACAGCACAGUUCAGUAACCUGGGCAUCCUUCAUGUCACUAAGAGAGGGGUGGGGGAAGUGUUGUGCAAGAGACUGAGAGAUGAGAAGAGGAGGCAAGGGGGGCAGCACUAUCAUUUUACUGAUGCAGAGGAACAAGCCAUAGGGAGAGAAGCCAAGGAGCUUGGGAAGAUCAUGGACCUGAACAUAGUGAGGUUAAAGUUCACGGCCUACCUCCAGGACAGUAACGGCGGGUUCUCUAGGGCCCUGAAGCCGGUGGUCUCCAACCCUAUCUAUGACAGCAAGUCACCCAAUGCCUCGAACCUGAAGAUCUCCCGUAUGGAUAAGACCAGUGGGUCUGUGCUGGGAGGAGAUGAGAUCUUCCUACUGUGUGACAAAGUACAGAAAGAUGACAUUGAGAUCCGCUUUUAUGAAGAGGAUGAUGGAAGCUGGGAGGCCUUUGGUGAUUUCUCUCCAACUGAUGUCCACAAGCAGUACGCCAUUGUGUUUAAGACGCCACCGUACCACAGCGCCGAGAUCGAGCGUCAAGUCACUGUAUUCCUCCAGUUGAAAAGGAAGAAAGGCGGCGACUGCAGCGACCCCAAGCAGUUUACCUACGUUCCCCGAGUUCAAGAUAAAGAGGAGGUGCAGCGUAAAAAGCAGAAGCCCUUCCCCUAUAAUGACCAAUGGGGAGGACCUCUGGGAGGGGCUGGGGGUGCAGGGAGAGGGGCCGGAGGAUUCGGAGGCGGAGCAGGUGGCGGUGGCGGUGAGGAACCUAGAUGCUUCCAGUUUAACCAGCAGAUGAAUGGAACGGGGUGGAUGGGGGGUGGAUUCUCUGGUUUUGGGGGCGGUGGAGCCCAGAUGUCAGGCACCACUGCCCAGGCUGAGGGGACCCAGCAGCAACAGGCAGGAGGGAUGGCCGGACAGACGCCAGGACAGACAUCCUCACCACUACAACAGCAGCUCUUCCAGAUUGCUGCCACUCUCCAGAGCAGGGCCACUCGGAUGAGCAAGCAGACAGCUGGGGCUCUACUACAGUACUGCACCACUGGGGACGUCCGGGUCCUUCUGGCAAUGCAGAGACACCUAUGUGGGGUCCAGGAUAAAAACGGAGACACGCCUUUGCACCUGGCCAUCAUUCACCAGCAGUCAGCUGUGACCCAGCAGCUGGUUCAUACACUCCUCACCAUCCAGCAACACAAAGUCCUUAACAAGCUCAACCACCUCGGCCAGACUCCUCUCCAUCUGGCGGUGAUCACCAGGCAGGUUAAGGUGGUGGAUGUUCUCCUCCGGGCCGGAGCAGACCCCACCCUGCUGGACCGGGACGGACGGACCGCCCUGCACCUGGCAGCGCUGGCCGGGGAUGACGUCACACUCCGGGUCCUGCUGGGCCACCUAGGAGAACGCUACCUCCACCUGGUCAACAUGGCCGACUAUCAUGGUCUCCAUCCUCUCCACCUGGCUGUUUGUAAGGGAGGAGAGCGCUGUCUGCGUCUGCUGGUGGAGGGCGGGGCUAAGAUCAACGCCCCGGAGCAGAAGAGUGGAUGCUCCGCCCUCCACCUGGCUGUUAGAGAGAACUACUUCAAAGUGGCCUGCACUCUCAUCACAGAGCUGAAAGCAGAUGUAAACAUGUGUACGUUUGGAGGGAACACUCCUCUCCAUCUGGCUGCCAGUCGCAGCUCCCCCCCCCUCUGCUCCAUGCUCAUUGCUGCAGGAGCCGACAAGAAUCUGGAGAACGACGAGCCGCUCUUCUUCAGCUCCUCCUCGUCAGAUGAGGAGCAGGAGGAUGGACCAGUAAGAGAUUUCAGAGAAUCGGCGAUCCAACAGCUACCGAACACAACACCACUUUCAGAGGGAGAACAAGUCAACCCUCGUAAGAGGUCAGCAACAGGACAUACACCCUUUGACCUGGCUAAAUGUCAUAAGGUGAGAAACCUUCUAGACACCAGACAGAGUCCCAAGCCCAGUCAACAAUCAAGUAAAAAGCCUAAACCGAGCAGCAUGGAAGCAGAAAGAGGGCAGCUAGACAGUGAGACGCUAAGCAAGCUGUGUGAGCUCCUCAGUCUGAACGAUGUGCCCUGGAGACAGCUGGCAGAGAAACUCAACAUGCUCUCACUGGCACACCUAUAUCAGGAGAGUCCCUUGCCCUGUCACAACUUGCUGGAGAAUUACCAGUUGGGUGGCGGUCCAGUGGAAGGCCUGGUGGAAGCUCUACAGUCUCUGGGUCUGACUGAAGGAGUGAGACUACUGAGACAGGCUGAGCUGAGAGAGGACAAACAAAACACAGAUCAGACAGUGGACAGUGGCUUUGCUAGUCAGCCAAUGGAGGAGGAGCUGGAGGAGCCAGCCUUGGCCAACCAGUGAGCAGCAGGAAGGGUGAGGGGUAAGACCCUCGUGUGAGGGACGUUUCACCCCAACGUUUCAUCAUGGAGAUAUGACUAACUCUGUUCAGCACGCACAUUGGGAAUCUGAUGUCAUACCCAAGCCUCUACUGAUAAAUGCAGAAUUCUCUCUCUGCCAUGACUGGCAGUCAACCAGUUUGAAUUUUUCUAACGAGCUGAAGGGAAGAAAAUCUCAAUGUACAAUUUUAAGUGGCGUUAUAUCUUGUUCCGUUAUUUCUGAUGGUGACUGAGUUUUUUUUUUGAUGGUCCAUUUGUGUCUUCCAAAAAGUCCCAGUAUAAAUGAAAAUUCUUAAACGUGCAACAUCAAAUUGAUCAAUGGAAUUAUCAAUUUAACUCAUAUUUAUUGGCUGACAAUCUUACUAAUACUGUGUAUUCAUUUGGUUUAACAUUCAACCAAAUAUAAUUAUACAGCCUUAUUUCAAAUGUUUGUGGAAGGUUUGCUGUGUAACGUUUUGAAAACUUGUCAAUGUUGAAUCAAAUGCAUUUUUUUCUUUUUUUUUUCUGACAAAUGGAUCUUUUCAAAAAUGUUUAUUUUUGUCCUCUGCCCCAAACAUACAAACCAUUUAGUAUAUUUCACAGAGCGCAAAAUCUGAAUGUGUUAUUGACAAUAUGUACAGCUAACGGGAAAUGAAAGAAAUAAGCGGGUAUGGGGUCCAGUAAAAACCUCUACAUGAAGCAGUAUACUAUCUUUUUUUGUUGACAAAUACUUAAGACCAAGUUGACUGAUAAGCAGAAAAGAAAUGGGGCCUACUCUUGAAAUAGAAUAUCUAAGCCAAAGUGGUAAAGGGUGUGACAACCCCUGUUUUUAUAUCACAGAAGCCCUACUUUGGCUUGUAAUUCUGUCUAUCCAUGGUUUCUCACCAUACCACCUCACAUAUUUACACUGGGGGAAAGAGACACACCCAAAAGUGAUUUGUGACAUUCUGCAUGACUGCACCUUACCGUGUCAUGGUCCCUGUAGAAUUACACUGACAGCCAACAUUGCUAAAUGUGACCAACUGAGUUUGAACCGUGUCCUCUGAGCAACAAGACUGUUAGCCCGCUGAGCUAAAGCCUAGAUAAUAGUUUGAGGCAAGGGCACUCACAGUUACACUAAGCCAUUUUGUGGUUUUAUUCAAACAGCCAUAUUUGCGGAUGCCUAACUCAACAACAAUCAUCUCAUUCUGUUUGCAGUGGGGGUCCUCAUGCAUAGAAUCACGUCACCAUGGUCAAAUUUUAACAUGGAGGGGGUGAUCCCUGUGGGUCUAUGAUGACACCCAGAUAACUAUCACGCACUCCUGUUACUCAUACAGUACAACCUGCGGCCAUUGUUUCCCAUUGGAACAGCAAACUCUGGUGACCAUAUGGUGGCAUUACUGCACUGGUUCAGACCACACUGCAAGCCUGAGAAGAAAAUGGCUAUGCCUCGGCAUGAUAUUUAUUUUUACCUUUAUUUAACUAGGCAAGUCAGUUAAGAACAAAUUCUUAUUUUCAAUUCUAUAUACACAGUGAGAAAUUGUUUUGGUUCUCUACUAAAGCACUUUGGAUUUGAAAUGACUGAGGUUAAAGUUCAGUCAGUCAGCUUUAAUUUGAGGGUAUUUUCAUCCAUAUCGGAUUAACCAUUUAGAAAUUACAGCACUUUUUGUACAUCGUCCAAAAGUAUUGGGGCAAAUUCACUAUUAAAGAUUGUGCCCAAAAUAAAUGGUAAAUAGAUGUAA